GUGAAGUUCUCGAAGUCUGAUUUCUUGGCCUAUGAUCAAAAGACUUCCGUUCCACCGCCAAACCUUUCAGGGAGAGCUUUGCAACAGUUUGGCACCAUUUUUGAGCAAAGUGGAAAACGGCCGAUUUUUGAUGAAAUUGUGACCGCGCGCCUUAGGGAUUUUUCAAAAAAAUCUUUUUCUACAG